AUGGCUGUCCCCGUACCCUUCAGCGACAUCGCGAAGCCCGCCAACGAUCUCCUGAACAAGGACUUCUACCACACCACCGCUGCCAACCUCGAGAUCAAGUCGAAAGCCCCCAACGGUGUCGCGUUCAACGUCAAGGGCAAAUCCGCUCAUGAUGGUCCAAUCUCAGGCUCGGUAGGCACAACGAUCACAAGAAGAAAUUUCAGAGCACACGUUAACAACAGAGGCGCAAAGCUCGAGGGCAAAUAUGCGGACAAGGCUUCAGGUCUCACAUUGACACAAACAUGGACGACCUCGAACAGCCUUGAUACCAAGCUUGAGCUCGACAACUCCAUCACCCAAGGCCUGAAGGCUGAGGUCCUCUCCAACUACCUCCCCGCCAAGCAGACCUUCGGUGGCAAGCUCAAUAUCUUCUACAAGCAACCAUCCCUCCACACCCGCCUGUUCACCGAUGUCCUCAAGGGUCCCACAGCCACACUGGACUUGGUCAUUGGUCAAGAUGGCUUCCUCGUUGGUGGUGAGGCUGGCUAUGAUGUCUCCAAGGCUGCGAUCACCAAGUACGCUCUCGCUGUCGGCUACAGCCAGCCUACCUAUGCUUGCGCCGUGACGUCCAGCAACAACUUGAGCUUGUUCACUGCUAGCUACUACCACAAGGUCAACACCGAGGUUGAGGCUGGCGCGAAGGCCACUUGGGACUCGACGCAGAACUCGAAUGUUGGUCUUGAGAUUGCCACCAAGUACAAGCUCGAUCCCAGCUCGUUCGCCAAGGCUAAGAUCAACGAUCGUGGCAUCGCUGCCCUCGCAUACAACGUCAAGCUCGGUACGGGAAGCACCCUGGGUCUGGGCGCAUCUUUUGAUACGCAAAACCUGAAUGCUACGGCACACAAGGUCGGAGCGUCAUUCACCUUCGAGGGUUAA